CUUCAAACGAGAAGAAAAGAACAGUACCACAGUACAACAUCCAACUCCUCCUCUAGUGUAACCACAGAUCAUACCCUUCGGUGAAGUUCACAUAACUGCGCACGCCAUGUGUAAGCCAUCUCUUAGCAACAAUCUCACUGUGAAACGUGGGGAGCCAGUCAUGGUUUCGCCGCCUGAAGAGGAAACCAUGAAGAAUAAAGGCGUCUUCCCUCUUUCAAACCUCGACCAGAUUGCAUGUUGGGUACGUUCCAUUUAUGGGUUCAAGUCCGACAAGAGAGGGAAUCAAACGGCCGGCCAAGUGUUCAAAAACGCCUUGAGAAAGCUGCUUGUCCACUACUAUCCGUUGGCCGGUCGGCUGAUCGUCGUCUCGCAGGGAAAGUUUGCCGUGAGUUGCUACGAACAAGGUGCCGUCUUCGUGGAGGCUGAGGCGGACUUUGCCAUGCAAGAUAUUGAAGAGCUGGUGAAGACCGAUCCUAGCAAGCUCAUGGACUUUGUCUAUGAUGAUGGUAUUUACUCCAACGCCAAGCCUUUGCCACAAUGCCCGCUUCUGGUUGCCCAGGUGACAAAGCUCAAAUGCGGAGGAUUCGUUUUCGGAAUGUGUAUCUGUCACUGCUUGGUUGAUGGUUUCACAGCAACGGAGGUGGUGAACUCGUGGGCGGAGAUCGCAAGAGGGCUGUCGAUCUCAGUGCUUCCUUGCAUGGACAAGAGCGGUUUGCUACCGCGUAACCCACUAAAGGUUGAGUUCCCUCAUCCAGAAUUUACCGAGAUAGAAAAUAGGACAUCUACCGUCGACGACUUCUCAAAAGAGAACAUGGUGCGUAGGGUUUUUCAUUUUAACCGCAGAUCGUUGAACGAGCUAAAAUCAAAGGCUAUGGAAGGUGGAGUUCUCUCCAAGUGCUCCACUUUUGAAUGCCUUACGACUUUCAUUUGGAGAGCUCGAACCAAGGCGCUGAACAUGUUUGGCGAUCAAGAAACCAAGCUCAUAAUACCGGUGAAUGUGAGGGAGAAAAUGAACCCGCCAUUGCCCAAAGGGUACUUGGGGAAUGGAAUUGCUGGGGCUUGCACGAUUCGUGAAGCUAGGGACUUGAACGACGAGUACUCAUUUGCAACAACGGUGAAGCUGGUUCAAGAUUCGAUCAAAAUGAUUGGAAAUGCUAGUGUGAGAUCUUGGAUUGAUUGUUAUGAGACGCGUAGAAGUUUUCAUCCCUUGGCUCAUACUAUGAUUGCGACGACUUGGUCCAGGAUUCCCUUUUGCACCACUGAUUUUGGUUGGGGGGAUGCCAUUCUUAUGGCGCCCAUGGCGUUGCCCUAUGAUGAGAUGGUGAUAUUUUUUCAGGACAAUGGAAAGGAGCGAUACGGAGAUAUGUGUGUUUAUGUGGCUCUGCCGGAAUCGGCUAUGGUGAUCUUUCAAGACCUUGUGAAUGGUCUAGCUAGACAUUAAUUGUUGUGUAAUAUUUCUUUUAAUCUCUGUCCAGUUCGUAUUUUUUCGAUUAUGUAUUUUGCCCCCUUUUGUGCUCCUCGACCUUGUGUACUAAUUUAUUAAAUAACAAUAUCAUUUGCACUAAAUGAAUUCUCAUGUGCCAGCGGAGCCUAUUUGUGUAGUACUGCUAAGGUCAUCUUCAUACAACCUUAUCGCCACUGUAAAAGUGAAAAGUUAUGAUGAAAUCAAGUUUUAUUUCAUCAAAACUACUAAACUAGAGCAUCAACGAGUCCUACAUCUCAUUCCACCCAAACAAACAGACACAAAAAAAAAAUCUAAGGAAUUAGAAGCUUAAAAGUGUACAUAACUCUGCUACACACAAUCAGAAAAUGUCACUGAAACAAUAGACCCCUUAUAGACACAACACUGGUAGCCUCCAAAUCUCCUAUCAACUCCAUCUUCUGAGUUAAUUCAGGGAUAUAUAAAACUCUUCUUUCCAUUUAAACGGCGACACAUUUCUCUCCAUGUUUCACUGAGAAACAUUUUCUAGACAAGUCUCUCAAUCUUGCAACUCUGAAAUCCAUCUACAGCCUCGAUCACACCCUCCUAUCAAUCUCCCCUUAGCUUGUAUGCCCAACUAUGGGGGAAAAUAUCAACAAAACCAGCUACACAAACUCUCAACUGAAGAAAAUAUGGUAUCUAGAUUUUGGGCUAACCAGACAUGGAAGCAACACACAUCAACACCAUGAUUCCACUUUUGAAUUGUAUCCAAAGUACUUAUCAUGUCCAAUUUGCACCAACUAUGAUAAAAGAGAAUUAGAAAAUGGCUUACAACCCAGCUUAAACCAGGAAACUUUUCCCCUCUUGGUCUUAAGCUAUCCCAAACUUCACUAAGUGAAUACUUGUCAUUAACAUGUCAUGUCAUAAGUUACUUUUAAGUUCUUACUAACUUCUGGUGAUUAUUUCUUCCAUUAUAUUUUGAGACUAGAUGUUAUAAAUGCAUUUUCGAAUACAUCAACACCUUCUUCUUAUUCUUCUUCUUUGUGUUAAUUGUCGUCGACUCUUUCAUGGCUUCCAACGAGUCUAGCGUGCUCUUCUUUUUAUUCAUUUUAUUGUUAAUCGACGAACCGUCCAGAUUAAUAACUGUAGUCGUCAUUAAUUUCUCACUUUCGUAAGAUUGGAGUGGGGGGACGAAAAUGAGGUCAGUCUUUAUUUCUUUAAUAAAAGACAGAUAAAUGAGUAUUUAACGAGAAAAUAUCACACUUAGAUAUAUUUUUAGAACAAAAAAAAUUGAGGCAUUUUUUACCAGUCAAUACUAUAUGAUAUUAAAUAGUUGCAUACCAUAUGGUAAGAAAGCGUACCAUGAUGGUAUGAACAUACCAAGACUAUAGGAAUGUUGAAUACAUGAUAGUAGGAUCAUACUAACUGUCAUUUACAACUUUCAUCAUUGUAUACCACAAGUUACCACCCUCAUACUAGAGUGCAGUGGCGGAUCUAGGGCUGGGCCACCCCGGGCCAUGGCCCAGCCCUCCUCCGAUCCCGAGUUAUUAUAGUACGUAUGAAUUUUUUAAUUUUAGGUGUUCGGUCUAGUAAUAUUUAAAAGUUGGUUUAAUGUUCUUUGAUAAUAUGAUUUUGUGUAACUUGAAAAAUGGUCUAGCUGAAUAUAUCCAAACCACUAUUCUAAAUUUAGACUAAAAAUUCAAGCCCCAAUAGUUUUCAUUUGAAAAGAAUAAAAUAAACAAUGAAACAUAAAAGCCUUUCACGUAAAUGACUAAAAGUGUAAAAUUUCA